AUGGCACGACAACUCCCUCCCGGCUACAGUCUGCAUGAAGGCUMCCCCCCCGCCGAGACGUAUUGCAAUCUACGCAAAAACGCAGGAUUAUCAGUUCGCAGUCUUGAGCAAGCCCAAGCCGUGUCGAGCGGAAGCUGGCAUGGCUAUAUGAUUAGUUACACUCCUCCUCCAACAACAUCAACCGACCAACAAAACGAAAAUGCAUCAGAAAAACAGACCGAAAUCGUCGCUAUGGGUCGCAUAAUCGGUGACGGAGGCUGGUACUUUGUCAUCGCCGACAUGGCUGUUUCCCCAUCCCAUCAGCGAAAGGGGCUAGGAGAUUACGUACUCAAAGCGCUUAUAGAGAAAAUCAGAUCGUCGCCUGUGGUGGCGGGUGUACUGAAGUCGGGCGGUCCAAAGCCCUAUGUGAAUCUGCUCGCUGAUGAGCCGGGGAGGAAGUUGUAUGAGAGAAAUGGGUUUGUGUAUACGGCGCCACAUUCGUUGGGAAUGAUGUUGAAGUGGGACUGA